CGGAGGACGCAAUGGCGGCGGUAGCAGUGGCUGAAGUUUCUCAUUUGCAGGAGUGCGGCUGUAAGGGCAUCCGGACUUGUCUUAUCUGCGAGAGACAACGUCAGAGGGACCCACCCUGGCAGAUCUCCCUUCAGAGAAAAUGCUGUUUCCUCUACUGCCCGGACACAGGCUGGGCCAUGGGGGCCCAGGGCUCUGACUUCGAGGGUUGGGCAUUCCCCUUCCCAGGAGUGACACUGAUACAGGACUUUGUGACCCCAGAGGAAGAAGCUGAGAUGGUGCGUCUCAUGGACUGUGACCCCUGGAAGCUCUCACAGUCGGGGAGGAGGAAGCAGGACUAUGGGCCUAAAGUCAAUUUUCGGAAGCAGAAGCUGAAGAUGGCCGGCUUCCAGGGUCUCCCCAGCUUUAGCCAAAAGUUAGUCCAGAGGAUGGGCCUUUACCGGGGGCUGGAGGACUUCCAGCCUGUGGAACAGUGUAAUUUGGACUACAGCCCUGAGCGGGGCUCCGCCAUCGACCCCCACCUGGAUGAUGCCUGGCUGUGGGGCGAGCGGCUGGUGAGCCUCAACCUCCUGUCGGCCACAGUGCUGUCCAUGUCUCUGGAGACCCCUGACAGCCUGCUGCUCUGCCCAGCCCCCUCUGUCGGACCUGAUGCUUUUGAGGGCAGCAUCGAGGCCCCUAGCAGGUCUGUCCCCUGCCAAGAGGUGGAGGUGGCCAUCUCAGUACCCCGCCGCUCCCUGCUGGUGCUUACAGGGGCCGCACGACACCAGUGGACACACGCCAUCCACCGCAGACACAUCAAGGCCCGCCGUGUGUGCGCCACCUUCAGAGAGCUGUCCGAUGAGUUCCUGCCUGGAGGGAAGCGGCAAGAACUGGGCCAAGAACUGCUGCAGGCUGCGCUUUCAUUCCAGGGGAGACCAGUGUGAAUGCCUCCCAGGGCGCAGGCCUUGCUAAAACCCUAGGUCCAGCACAACCAUUGCUAACGCUGAGGUCUCCCCACAACUCAGUAAACUCAUGGGUUUUUUGAGACAAGGUCUCAUGUAGCCCAGGCUACCCUCCAGUUAAUUCUGUAGCUAAGGAUGACCUUAUACUCUUGACUUUUCUACCUCCACUUCUCAAGCUCUAGAUGUGCACUGCCAGG